ACGCUUUUCUCGACUCGCUAGACCUCUCCUACUCCCUACGCGAACCCGAUACCAACUUCAUCACAAUGGCCCCCAAGCGCAUCUCCGUCGAGCCUCGAUCUCGCCGUGCUCCCAAGGGUUUUGUCGGCUCCACCUAUGACGCUCUUACCUCUCCCGAGAACGCCGCUGUCGUCCGCAGCAUCGCUCUCUUUGGUGCUGUCGUGACAUUCCUGUCCAGCUCUUGGGGCGAGAUCCUUCUGCCUCCCCAGUAAAUGACGCCGUAACGAUAUGCGACCAAAGAAUCUGCGUGGGAAUGGAAAAAAUCAGUUUAGGAGCUAGGGAUGCGCCAUCAUCCGUCUCCCAUCUGUGCAUUAUAUAAUCGAAUCACUUGUACAUUAGUUGGAGUCAGUGUACGUUUUAGACAGGAAGGGAUUUCAAGGCUAGCCUGUGCCUGUCCAAGGGCAUUAUGAUACGGGCUGCAUAGAAAUCGACAUGAUCAAUACCUACGGGUUGGAUAUGUUACCACGCCUCUAUC